CUCUUGGGGGUCGUGGUCCCUUUAAGCUGCCCGGCGCAGAGGUGGGGCCGAGUCUCCCGGACCGGAAGCUGGCUGGGAGCGUCACUUCCUCCCGGAAGCGGGCCUGGGCGGAUGUCUCCGGCGCGUCGGUGCAGGGGGAUGAGGGCCGCGGUGGCUGCCAGCGUGGGGUUGAGCGAGGUGUCCGCUGGCUCCCGGAGCGGCCGCCUCUUCCGCCCGCCGAGCCCCGCUCCGGCGGCCCCCGGGGCCCGGCUGUUGCGGCUCCCGGGGAGCGGGGCCGUGCAGGCCGCGAGCCCGGAGCGCGCCGGCUGGACCGAGGCGCUGCGGGCCGCCGUGGCCGAGCUGCGCGCCGGCGCCGUGGUGGCCGUCCCCACCGAUACGCUAUACGGUCUGGCCUGCGCGGCGAGCUGCUCGGCGGCUCUGCGCGCUGUGUACCGCCUCAAGGGCCGCAGCGAGGCCAAGCCUCUGGCCGUAUGCCUCGGCCGCGUGGCCGACGUCUACAGAUACUGCCGUGUGAGAGUACCCGAGGAGCUCCUGAAAGACCUACUGCCAGGACCAGUGACCCUGGUGAUGGAACGCUCAGAGGAGCUCAACAAGGACCUAAACCCUUUUACGCCUCUUGUAGGCAUUCGGAUUCCUGAUCAUGCCUUUAUGCAAGACUUGGCUCAGAUGUUUGAGGGUCCGCUUGCUCUCACUAGCGCCAACCUCAGCUCCCAGGCCAGUUCUCUGAAUGUCGAGGAGUUCCAGGAUCUCUGGCCUCAGUUGUCCUUGGUCAUUGAUGGGGGACAAAUUGGGGGUGGCCAGAGCCCCGAGUGUCGCCUCGGCUCAACUGUGGUUGAUUUGUCUGUGCCUGGAAAGUUUGGCAUCAUUCGUCCAGGCUGUGCCCUGGAAAGUACUACAGCCAUCCUCCAACAGAAGUAUGGCCUACUUCCCUCACAUGCGUCCUACCUGUGAAACUCUGGGAAGCAGGAAGGCCCAAGGCCUGGUGCUGGAUACUAUGUGUCUGUCCACUGACGACUGGCAAGGCCUCAUUUGCAGAGGCCACUGGAGCUAGGGCACUAGUCUGACUGUUAAGGCAAUGUGUCUUUCUGAGCACUGUAGACCAAGCCCUGGGAGCUGCUGGUUUACAGCUCGGGACAGGAUGUAUUGAUUUGUAGUUUCAUAUAUCAUCAAAAGCUGAAUGGAAAAGUUAAGAACAUUCCUAGGUGGCCUUAUUCUUUUUUUUUGUUUUUGUUUUUUUUUUUUUUU